AUGAAUCCACUUCCAAGUUUAUACCAAAUCUGUCGUACUUGCACGAUGCCCAGCACCAUCGUCUAUCCAAUUUACGGCUCUUACAAUCUCGACUACAUCCUUAGCACACUCUUCCAUAUCAACAUCACGCCCGAAGACAAGCUCCCAAAAGUUGUUUGUGGUCCCUGUUUCCGCAGCAUCGCCAAUACCGCCAUGCUACAGCAAAAAUUCAAGGCAGCUGAAUACCAUUUGGCGCAAAAUUUGGUCUCAACGCCGCAACUUCCUCGUGAAAUCGAGCAACAAAUUACGAUAAAAGUCAUCGAGGAACCUCGUCCGAUGGAUUUGACGAAACAAAAGCGACCUGAGAAGACGGAAAAGCCCCCGAAAGAGUAUCAACGAGUGAAUAAAAAAUACAUUUGCAAGCCAUGCAAGAAGGGAUUUACGGAUAAAAAGUUACAUUUUCGGCAUAUGAGACUGUUUCAUGCAACGGCGAACUAUCCGUGUGACAUUUGCGAAGCAGAUUUCGAUAGCAGACACAAAUUGGGGUUACACAAGUCUACAGAGCAUUGGAAUCAUUUUCCCUACAAAUGCGAAUAUUGUUCGUCGGACUUUAAGCAGUUCACGAUAUUGAAGAGACAUAUUUUGGAGCAGCAUAAUAAAGUUAUAAAUGGUGAAAUUGAUUUUUAG